CUCUGAGUUAGUAUGAGUAUGUAGUUGCUAGCAUUAGGGGUACUUUCCAUUAUCGUUUUUCAUAAUUUGUUUUUAUUUUUUAAAUAUAUUUCUGGAUAAUGCAUUAAUGCCUCUGUUACACCUGGGAUGUACUUUUUGUGAAAAGGGGACCAAAUUUAUUAACAAACUUUAAAAGUAGUUUCAAGUUUUUUUUUUCCUCAAGUGCUGCAGAACGAAUUCCCAGUUUACUACACAACCAAGCCAUCAUGGCGAGGCGGGUAUUGGACGGAUCUGUGAUUUUAUCCCGAAUUUCUUUCUCGAUAUGGAAUAAGUACACAGAAUUCCACUGGAAUAACGAUAAGGUUAUCGCCUGGAGCUUAGUCGCUUUUUGUACGCUUCUGUGCUGUGGAUUUUGUAGCGCGGAAACGGAGUUUUCAAUCUUGGAAGAAGCGCAAGUAUUAGCAGUGCAAAUGAAAAAGCUGUCCGCACAAGAGCUGGGAGUUUUCACAAUGCAGAGAAUAUUCAGCUCCUUUGUGUAUACUGAAAAAACGUCAAACGGUGAAACAGAAGUUCAGCAGCUGGCCAAAAAGAUCCGGGAGAAGUUUAACCGGUACUUGGAUGUGGUGAACAGGAACAAGCAGGUUGUGGAAGCAUCAUACACUGCCCACCUGACAUCCCCUUUGACAGCCAUUCAAGACUGCUGCACCAUUCCCCCCUCAAUGAUGGAUUUUGAUGGGAAUUUCAACACGAAUGUCUCCAAAACCAUCAGCUGUGACAGGCUUUCUACCACAGUGAACAGCCGAGCAUUCAACCCCGGACGGGACCUCAACUCAGUUCUGGCUGACAACCUCAAAUCCAACCCAGGGAUUAAGUGGCAGUACUUUAGCUCAGAAGAAGGCAUUUUCACUGUGUUUCCUGCCCACAAGUUCCACUGCAAGGGUACCUACGAGCAUCGCAGCAGGCCUGUAUAUGUGUCAGCUGUGCGCCCACAGUCCAAACACAUCGUUGUCAUUAUUGAUCAUGGGGCUUCAGUCACAGACACUCAACUUCAAAUUGCUAAAGAUGCUGCACUAAUCAUUUUAAACUCCAUCGACGAGCAUGACAAGAUCUCUGUACUAACAGUGGCAGACACUGUACGGGCAUGUUCUCUUGACCAGUGCUACAAGACAUUUCUUUCUCCGGCCACCAGUGAGACCAAGAGAAAAAUGGCCUCAUUUGUGAACAACAUCAAGGCCUCAGACAGUUCUACCCAGCAUGCCAUGGGUUUCAAGAAGGCUUUUCAGCUGAUCAGGAACACUUGCAAUGUAACCAGGCAACAAACAAACACAGAUAUGGUGAUAAUCUACCUCUCAUCAGGAACAACAUCCAGAGAUUCCUCCGAAGAUGAAAAAAAGGCCACCCUCAGUGUAGUGAAGGAGGAGAACGGCUAUCUCAACAAUUCUGUCAUGAUCCUGACCUAUGCUCUCAUGAAUGAGGGUGUGACAGGACUAAAGGAGCUGGCUUUUCUGCGAGACCUCGCGGAGCAGAACUCGGUGAAGUAUGGUGUUCCAGACCGCACUGAUCUCCCUGUCGUCAAGGGCAGCAUGAUGGUCCUGAACCAGCUGAGCAACCUGGAGACCACUGUGGGACGCUUCUACAUCAACCUGCCCAACCGGAUGAUCGACAUGGCUGUCUUCAGCCUUCCAUAUGCAGACCAGAUGGGAGACGGCUUCAUUAUGACAGUAAGCCGACCAUGCUACUUUGGCAACUUGCUACUGGGAAUUGUGGGAGUUGAUGUAAAUCUGGCCUACAUACUGGAAGAUGUAACCUACUACCAGGACUCGAUGGCAUCUUACACCUUUCUCAUAGACAACAAAGGCUAUACUCUCAUGCACCCAUCACUCACAAGACCUUACUUGAUGACUGAACCCCCUCUCCACACUGACAUCAUCCACUAUGAGAAUAUUCCUGGCUUCGAGCUGGUACGGCAGAACAUUCUCAGCCUCCCUCUUGGCAGCCAGAUCAUUGAAGUGCCAAUUAAUUCCUCACUGUCAUGGCACAUGAACAGACUCCGUGACACCAACAGAGAUGCUUACAACGUGAGCUAUGCCUGGAAAUUGGUCCAGGACACAUCCUUCAUCCUGUGCAUUGUGUACGUGCAGCCGGAGAUCCCUGUGAAACAGCUGAAGAACCUCAACACUGUGCCCAGCAGCAAGCUGCUGUACCACCGUCUAGACCUGCUGGGGCAGCCCAGCUCCUGCCUUCAUUUCAAGCAGCUGGCAACAGUUGAAAGUCCCACAGUGAUGCUGUCAGCUGGGAGCUUCUCUUCGCCAUAUGAACACCUGAGCCAGCCUGAGACCAAGCGCAUGGUGGAGCACUAUACUGCCUACCUCAGUGACAACACCCGUCUCAUCGCCAACCCAGGGCUGAAAUCCUCUGUCAGAAAUGAAGUAAUGGCUACCAGUCACGUAACCGAUGAAUGGAUGACACAAAUGGAAAUGAGUAGCCUGAACUGUUACAUUGUGCGUCGUUACAUAGCAACGCCCAAUGGGGUGCUGCGGAUUUAUCCCGGCUCUCUCAUGGAUAAAGCAUUUGAUCCCACCAGAAGACAAUGGUACCUGCAUGCUGUGGCCAAUCCGGGCCUGAUAACUUUCACUGGGCCCUACCUGGAUGUAGGCGGGGCAGGAUAUGUGGUCACAAUCAGUCACACCAUUCACACCUCCAGCUCCCAGAUGGCCCCUGGUUACGCAGUGGCAGUGAUGGGCAUCGACUUUACUCUCCGAUACUUCUAUAAGGUCCUCCUAGACCUGCUACCUAUCUGCAACCAGGAUAAGGGCAACAAAAUUCGGUGUUUCAUCAUGGAGGACAGGGGAUACCUGGUGGCACACCCCACCCUUAUUGACCCCAAAGGCCAUGCUCCUGCUGAACAGCAACACAUCACCCACAAGGAGCCCCUGGUUGCGAAUGACAUCCUCAACCAUCCCAAUUUUGUGAAGAAGAAUCUGUGCAACAGCUUCAGUGACAGGACAGUGCAGCGUUUCUACAAAUUCAACACCAGCAUAGUAGGUGAUCUCACAAACCUGGUGCAUGGGAGCCACUGUUCAAAGUACCGCCUCACCCGGAUCCCUGGGACUAAUGCCUUCGCCGGGAUUGUGAAUGAGACCUGUGACUCUCUGGCCUUCUGUGCCUGUAGCACCGUGGACAGGCUCUGUCUCAACUGCCACAGGAUGGAACAGAAUGAGUGCGAGUGUCCCUGUGAGUGCCCCCUGGAGGUGAACGAGUGUACUGGCAACCUCACAAAUGCAGAGAACCGGAAUCCAAGCUGUGAAGUUCACCUGGAACCCCUAACGCUCACUGUCAUUGACACUAGUCUACAGGACACUCUGCCACAAUGUAUCAACACCAGAUGCAGCCAGAGAUACACUAGCAGUGAUUGCUUUGGUGUGCUGGAUUGUGAGUGGUGUAUGGUGGACAGUGAUGGGAAGACUCACUUGGACAAGCCCUACUGUGCCCUGCAGAAGGAAUGUUUUGGGGGCAUUGUGGGUGCCAAGAGCCCUUAUGUUGAUGGCAUGGGACACUUAGAUGAUGAGGUGACCCCGCUGAAUAUGAUUAAGAGUGCUCCGGUUGGGCCAGUAGCCGGAGGCAUUAUGGGCUGUAUCAUGGUACUGGUGCUGGCAGUGUACGCUUACCGACAUCAAAUUCACCGUCGGAGUCACCAGCACAUGUCUCCUCUCGCAGCUCAAGAAAUGUCAGUGAGGAUGUCAAACCUAGAUAAUGAGCGUGAUGAAAGAGAUGAAGAUAGCCAUGAAGACCGAGGUAUAAUCAGUAACACCCGAUUCAUUGCGGCAGUGAUUGAGAGACACACUCACAGCCCUGAGCGCAGACGGCGUUACUGGGGUCGCUCUGGGACGGAGAGCGAUCAUGGCUACAGCACCAUGAGCCCUCAGGAGGACAGUGAGAACCCACCCUGCAAUAAUGACCCCCUCUCAGCCGGGGUGGACGUGGGGAACCACGAUGACGACUUGGAUUUGGACACGCCUCCCCAGACUGCGGCCCUGCUGAGCCACAAGUUCCACCCUUACCGUCACUCUCACCACCAUCCCCUGCACCACGCGCACCACUUGCAGGCCGCCGUCACCGUGCACACGGUGGAUGCAGAGUGCUGAGGCUUCACUCCUGUGCACUGGUAGCACAGACCUUUGAAAAAACAAACAGUGCUCUGAGGCUGUCUUCAGCAGGCCCUUCAGGAGACAUGUUCGAAUCCAACCUCUAGCCACCUGGAUUGCUCUAUCUGCUGAACUGUUGCCAAGACAACGAUAGGGUAAACGUAUUGGAGAAGGAUUGUUAAAACUGGAUUUUGGGGGUUGUUGGACGACAACUUUGAGCAUACUUUAAACAGAAGGGGAGUUUUCAGAUUGCAGAACAUGAGGAUGGAUGUCUCUAUGAAAAGCUUAACAACCUCUUGGAAACUUGUGUAAAAAAAAUUGUAAACAAUGCAUCUCAGAUUUUUUUAAAAAAAUAAAGCAUUAUUUUUCUACUAUUUAUUUAACUGAACUUUUAAAAGUAAAUGCAGUAAAUUCAUUCGAACGGAGACUUAAGUAAUGGUUUGUCAUUCUGUCUUUGAAGCAGACUAGGACUUGUGAUGACCAGACAGAACAAUGGAAGCAAUGAGCUUUCACCUCUUUUUUUUUCUGUAACACAAGAAGUUUAAUUUUAAAUGCUUGUUUUGUUAUUAGCAUAAAGUGAAGAAGCUGAUAUUUCAGCGUAGAACAUUUGUAUUGUUCAACAGUUGCUUGAAAAAAAA